AUGCUUAACAUUCUACAUGUUUCUGAAAUGGAGUUAGAAAAUGUUGCAAAAAAGUAUGAUUUAGAAAAUGAUUCUCAAACACGGCGUUUUUGUGAGUUUAUAUCGAUUGCAGCAAAUUUCGCCUCAUUGAAAUUUGCUGAACGUUUACCAAACAUUCCUGAACUGAUCGAUAGUAUUAAAGAAUUAAUUAUUGAAAUGGUCAAAGAAGUUAAAGAUUUUGCCGAUACGGCUGCUGAAUUUGAGAAUAUUAUACAAUGUUACAUAAGACUGGUUUUGAGUACAAAGCAUAAUAUGAAAAUGAUGGUACCACAUCUAGAUGAAGCCAAAACUCAUAUGAAAGUUACGGUUGAUACGUUAGCACCUGAAUCAAGUGAACCGUCAGUUCAGCGUGACAAAGAUGAUAUACAAAUUGCCUUACGAGGCAUGUCUUCUAGUGUAAGAAAGCUGCUUGAAUUAGCUCAAUCAUCUAAAGAGAAGAGUGAUAAGCUUGACGAGAGAAUUGCCGCGAUGAAACGUAAUGUUCAAAAUAAAAAACUCAUUAUGGAAGGUCGAAUAGAUUUUAGUGAAAGUUCUCCUAUGUUAGGCCUGGGAUUAGGUAUUUUCGCCGGUAGUUUCAAACGAAUAGAUAAAGAAAAACCAACGCUCUUUUCGUCGUUUAAACGACAAAAAAUAGUUACAGUGAACGAAAGGGGGCAAAAUCGCAAGGUAAAGUAUCAAGAAGUAUCAAAAAAGUAUCAAGUUAAUUCGCGCUCAUAUAAAAGGUCACAGUAA